UGGCGGUUUAAACCUCAACCAGCACGUGUGUUUCUUCAAGCAAGCUACGGUUUUCAAAUAAUGUCAAAGAUGAGUUGUAAGUGUGUAGACAAUACAGAUAUUCUCCUACAAAUCUUGGAAGAACUAAAGAAACACACAAAAUAUCAUGAAGAAAGAGAGUCCAUACAGGAAGAAAAAAGUCCAGCUAAAAAGAACCCUUCAAGACAGAAGAGAUCACCGACCUUGACUUUAAGUCAAAGAGCUCAGGAACUGUACAUCAAGUACAGAGUUAGUAAAGAAGAGAUUGAAGAGGGAGGUGGCGACGCUGUCCAUGAGCACUAUCUAAAGAAAUGGAAGAGCUUAAGUGAAGAAAAGAAGAACAAAUGGAAAAAGAAAGCUGAGAAAGUAGCAAUAGAUGUAGGCAAGACAUCAGUUAAGACAACAUUAAGGAAGAAGCCAACAAAAGUGUCUGCUUUUCAAGUAUUCACAUCUCAGAACUUGCACAAACUAAAAGGCAAAUUACCUAACACUGAUGCCAUGAGACAAAAUGGAGAAGAUUGGAAAAAUCUGAGUGAGCAAGAGAAACAAAAAUACAUUGAUGAUGCUCAAAAGAUCACAAAACAGAAAUUUGAGGAAUAUGAGAGUUAUUUACAGAGUUUGCCAGAAGAUGAAAGGGAGAUAUAUAAAUUGAACGUAAUUAGACAAGAGAAUGAGAGAAAAGAGAAAAUAGCGCAGAGGAAAAAAGAGGCAGGAAAAAAGCAGUCUGAGAUCAAACAGUAUCUGAAUGUGACUGGAGCAAGUAGCAGGCCAGGAAAGUCAAAGAAUAAACUUCGAGCUGUAAAGUCAGACCCUGGCGAAGAAGAUGAUGAUGAUGAAGAGCUCUCAGACAAGUAUGAAUUUCUCAGUACCAGUACACCAAUUCAUAUCUCAAAAUUAUCAGAUAAACUGCAGCCAGCAAGCAAGUUAAAAGAAAAGGUCAAAUCCACUAUUGAAAAUUCAAAGAUUAUCACACCGAAGAAAAAAUUGAAAAGGCCAUUAGAAAGUAAUGAAGAAUGUGGAAAAAAUACACCACAUCCUAAAAAGAAAAAGGUUGCUCCAUCACCUGUGAAAAAAGUUGAAAAAGAUUCUUCUUCAUCAGAGUCUGACUCUGAAGAGGCAACUACCAAAACAAAGAAGUCUUCAUUGGCAACCAUUAAACAGUUUGACAAAAAAUCUAAAAAACCUGAGAAAAAAAUGGAAGACUCUAGCAGUUCAUCAGAGUCUGACUCAGAAGAGGCAACUAUCAAAACAAAGAAGACACCAUUGGCAACAGUCAAUCAGUCGGACAAAAAAUCUAAAAAACCUGAGAUAAAGACAGAAGACUCCAGCAGUUCAUCAGAGUCAGACUCAGAAGAUACCGGUACAACAAUUAAAUCGAACAAAUCUAAUGUAGCAGAAGUGAAAAAGCUGAGUAAAAAUAUGAAAAAACAGGACAGGAAAGCCAAGGAAUUGAGUAGUAUAUCGGAGUCAGAUUCUGAAAAAACAAUAAGUAAACAAAAGAAAUCAAAUGUUAAAAAAGUCACAGCAGCUGAGAAGAGGAAAGAUUCAGAUUCACCCAGUUCAUCUGAAUCAGAAAGUACAGCUAAAACCCAGGUGAAAAAGUCAAGUCCCAAAAAGGCAAGUCCUGAAAAGACAAGUCCUAAAAAGACAAGUCCUAAAAAGGCAGCACCUUCUAAAAAAACUGGAAAAGGUAAACAAAACAAAUCUUCAUCUUCAUCAUCGUCCUCAGAAUCCGACUCUGAUGAAGAAAAAGGUACUAAAAGCAGUGUAAAAAAGAAUCCUUUGGCUACCUCAGUGACACCAUCAUCUCCAAUGCAACAAAAAAAUAAGAAGAUGAUCUUUAGAGCUAACCCUUAUACCAAGGAGAUGUUAAAUAGUGAUUCUGAUUCAGAAAGUCAAACAGAGAAAACUGGAAAGACUACUUCACCGAAGAAAAGCAAGUUUCAAGCUCUGAACUCGAAGUCCAAGUCCAGCACUUCAUCAUCUUCUGAUGAUUCUGACUAAUGAAGUUUCAUUGCUACAAUAUGUAAUUUAUAUAAAAUGUAAACUAUUAAAGUGAUUUAUACCGAAAACUAACUAAUUUUCAUUAGCAAAUUUUUUUCUCAACUUUAAUGAGUAGAAAAAUAUUUUUAUAGUCACAGUACAAAAAUUCACAAUUCUGUUUUUAUAUAAAUACUGAAAUUAAAGAAGAAUUGUUUGCUAAACAUUUUUGUAAUGUUCUUUAUCAAUUAUUUGUUAAACAACUUUGUUAACAAAUGAUCUAUUUAAUAUUUAAAAAACAAGCAAGUCAAAGUAUUUUUUGGAAGAUAUUUAUUUUUAUUUACUGCUUUAAAUAUAUCAUUUUUAUGAUUUAAAUUUGACAAAUCUUCAUGUAACAACGCAAAUUAGCAAUUUCCUAACCUGCUAAAUGAAUUUAUUGUGAUGAAAGAUUUUUUUUUAGACAUUUCUAAUAUAUAUUCGAACAAGUGUUAAUUAAUCAACUGUGACUUUUAGUCCUAUCAAUUUUGUGACUUUUUGUCAUGUGACAUCAUGUCCCUUUACCUAAAUAUUAUGGGUAGUGGGGUAUAAAAAGCAUUGUCUAGCACCUCUCCCGACACCGAGUGUGCGAGGGCUUUAUAGCCAGUCAAGGUCGUUAAAAACCCCAAAAAGUAACUCCCGACAUUUUUUUCUGGAAUAGCCAUUGUUCAAAAUUUCAGAAUGUGACAACUUGUAAUUUAUAUAAAAUGUAAACUAAGUGAUUUAUACUGAAAACCAACUCAUUUUCACUAGCAAGCAAUUUUUUUCUCAUCUUUAAUGAGUAGAAAAAUAUUUUUAAAAUCACAUUUGCAUUCGACAGAUUGGAGAGAAACACUUAUGAAAAAAAAAAAACUAGAUGCUGACUAUAAAGCAAUGAUGCAGCAACACAUUACAGCUUUUUGCUUAAACCUUCAGUUUGUUGACUUAUAUACAAGAUUUAAGUUUUCAUUACUUUAUAUUUAUAAUCAUUGACAUUGUAUAAUAGGUCAUAACGACAUAUUUAUGAUCUGACAUUGUAUAUUAUUUUUUUGACCCCCCACCUUUUAUUGGCAUAUAUACUCAAUUACUUUGUAUAUUAUGUUUUUUAUACCCUUUUGACAUGUAAAUGUUAUCAGUGACAAUUUAAAUUAGAUUUUUGAUUGCCCAACCCUUUUUUAAUCAUAUACAUUGAGGUUUUUGACCCCAACCCUCCCUUACUGACAUUUGAUUUUGAUGUGACAUCUUAUAUCAAAUAUCUGUAGUAUAUUGUAAAUAUUUACACUGUAUGUGCAGUUUAUUUUACUUCUAUGUUUAGCUGUAUAUGUUUUGAGUAUAUAGAAGCUCCAUAUAUAUCAUGCUAUAAAAUUGUUGAGAAUCGACCUGAAAGGCUAAAGAUUAAUUUUUCAAACAAAUUACAUAAUUUGACAUGUUUAUAUUUUCUGUACAUUGUCUCUUAAGACUUUUCUGCUUGAUUUUGUUUAUUUAAUUUGUUUACUUGCUUGUUGAUUUUGUUUAUUUGAAACUUGUGUUGCCUUUAAAGUUACAAGUAGGAAUCUUUGAAAAUUAGUCUUGAAUAUGAUUGAGUUUAUUAUAGCUUUGCUUAUUUAAAGUGUGGUAGGGGUAAAUAUAUGUAAUCAGUGUGUUUUCUGUAUACAGUCUAAAACAUAAAACACAGACUUGGGACUCUUUUUGACACUUUCAAUAAAUUUUAAAAUUCAUAUUUUUUUUUCAUUUUUUGGAGACAAGAAAAAAGGUCUUGGUUUUGCAUAAUAUCUAUUAGAAUAAAAAAGAAAAAAAAGAAAAAAAAAG